UGUGUGCGCGUGUGUGUUGCUUGGUUGUGUGUCCGCCUCCCUUUCUUCAUUUCCUGAAUCCAGCUCCUCAGACACACAGCGACAUGGCAGGAAAACGCACACUAAGGAGCUAAAAUCUGACAAUGAAGAGCAAAGCUCGGCUCCAGCCCGCAACGUUCUGACGACGACCCCCACCAAUGGGCUGAGGGUGUAGGCGGGGCCAGGAUGAGUGCUGAGCAGCUAUUGGAGGAGACGCUGAUCAAGCGGUCGCAACAGAAAAAGAGGACGUCGCCUCUGAACUACAAAGAGAGACUGUUUGUCCUCACCAAGAACUCACUGUCCUACUAUGAAGGAAAAGCUGAGAAGAAGUUCAGGAGAGGCUCGAUUGAUCUGAGUCGCAUCAGAUGUGCAGAGAUCGUCAAGAACGGAGGAGGAGUCAUUCCCUGCCAGAACAAAUACCCCUUCCAGGUGGUGUACGAUAACAACACUCUCUAUGUGUUCGCUCCGAGUCACGACAGCAGGAGUCUCUGGGUUCAGAGCCUCAAAGAUGAAAUCAAAGACAACCAGGUGGUCAUGGCCAAGUUUCACCCCCAGUUCUGGCAGGAGGGGGCGUGGCUCUGCUGCCGUCAGGUGGAUAAACAGGCUCUCGGCUGUGAGGAGUAUAACCUGUUUGGAGACAUUUCCAGAAAACCGUUACCCCCGAUUCCUGGAGAGGAGUGUAAAGACAGGAAGCGACGGCCCCCUCCUCCUGUCCCACUGGCACAUGACGAUGACAACGACGAUGACGAAGAGGAUGAUGAAGAUGAAGACAGGGAAGACGUGGUGGUGGCGUUGUAUGACUUCCCGGCGGCCGAACAGCACGACCUGAGUCUGGUCAAAGGUAACGAGUACGUUAUCCUGGAGCGAUGUGACGUUCACUGGUUCAAAGCGCGCAACCAGUACGGUGAGGAAGGCUACAUCCCAAGUAACUAUGUAACAGAGAAGAAAUCUGGAAACCUGGUGCAGUUUGUCUGGUACAGUAAACAAAUCAACAGGAACAAGGCAGAGGAACUCCUGAGGAAGGAGGACAAAGAAGGAUCCUUCAUUGUUAGAGACUCCAGCACUCCAGGAACCUACACAGUGUCUCUUUACGUCAAGUCUGUCGGAGGGGAGGGAGGUGCAGCUGUAAAACAUUAUCACAUCAAGGAGACGCAAGGCUCGCCCACACAGUUUUACCUGGCGGAGAAACAUUUGUUCAACUCUAUCCCAGAUCUGAUCGAGUACCACAAACACAAUGCAGCAGGUCUUGUAGCCAGGUUGAGGUAUCCUGUAGGAAAACAGGACAAGUCUGCUCCGUCCACUGCUGGCUUCAGCUAUGAGAAGUGGGAGAUCAACCCCAGCGAGCUUACCUUCAUGAAGGAGCUGGGCAGCGGUCAGUUCGGUCUGGUGAGGCUUGGCAAGUGGAGGGCUCAGCACAAAGUUGCCAUCAAGGCCAUCAGGGAGGGAGCCAUGUACGAGGAGGACUUCAUCGAGGAGGCCAAGGUCAUGAUGAGGCUAUCUCACCCUAAACUGGUGCAGCUGUAUGGAGUGUGCAGCCAGCAGCGGCCCAUCUACAUCGUCACAGAGUUCAUGGAGCACGGCUGCCUGCUGAACUUCCUCAGGCAGCGGCGGGGCAGCUUCAGCCUGGGGUCUCUGCUGAGUAUCUGCCUGGACGUCAGCGAGGGCAUGGAGCACCUGGAGAGCAACGGCUUCAUCCACAGAGAUCUGGCUGCCAGAAACUGUCUGGUGAAUGACGCUCUGGUGGUGAAGGUGUCUGACUUCGGCAUGGCCAGAUAUGUGUUGGACGACCAGUACACCAGUUCAUCGGGUGCUAAGUUCCCUGUGAAGUGGUCGCCUCCUGAAGUCUUUAACUUCUGCAAAUACAGCAGCAAGUCUGACGUCUGGUCCUUCGGUGUGUUGAUGUGGGAAGUCUUCACUGAGGGCCGAAUGCCGUUUGAACAGAGUCCCAACCACGAGGUCGUUACCUUGGUAACCAAGGGUCACCGCCUCUACAGGCCCAAAAUGGCCACACCUGCCAUCUAUGAAAUCAUGCAGUGCUGUUGGCAUGAGAGACCAGAGGAGCGUCCUUCUUUCUCUCAGCUCUGCACAAUGAUCUCCGACGCUCUGGAGAGUGACACCCCUCCCCCAAACUGACCAACUGACCAAUCAGCUGCUUCCACCUCGGUCAUUUCUGUGAUUCUUAAGGGUGUUGUCUGAUUUACGGCGCUGUAGAACAGGACGACAACAUUGAGAACUCGGUGUAACGGUGCUAAAACUGACGCUCACAUUUGUUUAAUCCAGUCGAGUCUUCAGAGAUCUUCAGAUCUGCUCAACCAGAACAACCCUUGGACAGCUGCUCAUGUUGUCUUCAGACAGCAUUUAUAGUUUGUUGCACAAAUCUAACGCCUGUACAAGCUAACAGCAAUAAAGAACAUGUGUAAUGGGCUCUAACGAUGGA